GCCCAGCUACUGAAUGACGACCUUAGACAAGGACAUCUCCCAUCGCGCUGAACUCGCCCAGGUUGACUCUUCUGAGCACGCCAUGAAUAUCGGAAACAGUCAGGACAUUGGAUCUACCAAGAGGACGUAAAGCAUUUUUGUCCGCAUCUUCUACAUUUCUCUACUGAUACUUGGGAAAUCAAGAGUGCGCGUGGUACCGAACUUGGCGGUUAACGAUAAAGUUACUACUAUUACCUCCACUUUGGACCAAUAUCGGCUAUUUAUAUAGGAUGCCUGCCAUGGCAGCUACCCACAGCCAUGUUGGCAUGAAUCCCAAUAGAAUACGGCCCACCGAAGACAUCUUCAACCCAAAUGAUCCGCACAUUCGCGAGGAUAUCAUCCGCAUGAUCAUGCAGUACCUUGCAGACGAGGGCUACAAUGCCUCUCAAACGACAAUUCAAGACGAAUCUAACGUCAAAUGGCAUGAGCGCGAGGACGACACGAAUGAAACACGCCGGUUAAAGAAGGCCAUUAUCGAUGGGGAGUGGGCAGAGGUCGACAAGAUCUGUUCGAAGCCGUUAUUCAAGAACCAGAAGAGCUUUCUCUUCGCAGUUUAUAAGCAGCAGUAUUUGGAAUACAUCGAACACCGUGAGAUGCAGAAGGCCUUUACAUUUCUUCAAAAGCGUCUUAAGCCUCUCGAGCAGCAUCAGAAGACGCCCAUCGAGUUCAAGGACUUGUGCUACCUUCUCACAACAAAAUCAAUCCAUGACGCGCCCUCAUUUAAGAACUGGGAGGGAAUUGCUCAAGGAAGAGACAGGCUGGUGGAGCAGUUUCAAAGCAUGCUUGAGGUCGAAAACUCUGUCAAGGAUGGAUCGGUAUAUGUGCCUCCGAAUAGAUUGCUCAACUUGCUGCGCCAAGCAGUUGCGUAUCAGAUCGAGGUCUCGCGAUAUCACCCAAGGAUUUCGCCUAUCGUGGAGACGCUAUUACAGGAUUUUUCUCCAUUCGUAAUCCCUAAUGCAACGCGAACAGUCAUGCUAGGCCAUCGUGGCAAUGUAAAGUGCGCUGAUUUUGUAGGUGCCGAGGGGCGUUCGAUCAUAUCUGGAUCAAGCGACAAUACACUGCGUAUCUGGGAUACGGAAACGGGCAACUGCCUCCACAUUCUAGAAGGUCAUUCCUCCAGGAUCUGGGACGUGUCGUCAAACGACGGCGGUACGACAGCGGCUAGUGCCAGUGGUGACUCGACUGUCAAAAUUUGGGAUAUCAAGGGUCCAAAGGCACAAUGCCGAGCAACUCUUGGGGGCCAUUCCGGCGAUGUCUACACAGUAAAAUACCACCCGACUAGUAACCACGUUGUUUCUGGUGGAUAUGACAAGAUUGUCAGGCUGCACGACCUGACGACUGGACAAGUCGUCAAGACAUUCAGUGGACAUCAACUGGCGGUCUCCAAGGUCAUCCUUAAUCCAAUCGGCAACUUGAUCGUGAGCGGAUCCAAAGACAAUACCAUUAAGUUCUGGGACCUAAUUUCUGGCGUGUGUAUUAAGACUAUCACCUCACAUCUGGGUGAAGUUACUUCUGUCGCCAUGAACUCCAAUGGCACCCUGCUUCUGAGCAGCUCCAAAGACAACUCUAAUCGUCUCUGGGACGUUCGCAUGACCCGGCCACUGCGUAAGUUAAAGGGCCACCAGAACACGUCCAAAAACUUCAUUCGGGCUGGAUUUGCACAUAACUCGUUACUAGUAGGAGGAUCGGAGGACGGACUAGUCUAUAUUUGGGAUCAAGAAUCCGGAGAUAUACUUCAAAAGUUGCAGGGACACGAAGCCAUGGUAUACAACGCUGUCUGGUCUCCAAAGCAAAGCAUGUUUGUUAGCUCUAGCGAUGACAGGACCGUCCGCACCUGGUACUACGAUGGUAAGUGCCAUGACGAGGACCGAUGCAAAUCCAUUGUUUUUGUUCACCAUAUAUUAACCGGCCUUAUCCUAACCAUUUCCAUUAUUACCACUUCAUCUUCACCAUAG